AGCAAAACCCAAAAAAUUAUAUGCAUUGAAUUGAAUGCCAUAACAUGAUUUACAUCUCAUUUUCAGCUUUCCUGCGGCGUCUUACACAGUGGGACAGUUGAGCCUAAUUAAAUGAAGUGUUCAGAAUUUAUGUUUAUUUACCAACAAAACAAGUCUUUAUUUAUUUUAAGCAAUUACUUCCUUCUUACCAAACUUCUAACCCUUUACUUUUUAAAUACUACCUUCACUUUCACACAUUCUCAUUAUUUACACCACACUAUUAAAUCUUCUUACACAAAAUUGUACUCCUCCAAAAAAAAUAAGAUAAUGAGUAGUUUUCUAGUGUUUGUGGUGGUAGUGGCAGUGGUGGUAAUGAAUGUAUGUGUCGCACAAGAUUACGGAGACGUAACGACUGCGACACCGCCAUCGAAUGGCGGAGUGGCUAGGAAUAAGGAGUUGGUGCCGGCAAUGUUUGUGUUUGGAGACUCGUUGAUUGAUAAUGGAAAUAAUAAUAAUUUGCCUUCUUUUGCUAAGGCUAAUUAUUUUCCUUAUGGUAUUGACUUUAAUGACGGUCCAACUGGUCGCUUCUCUAAUGCCUACACCAUUGUAGAUGCCAUUGCGGAGUCACUAGGUCUGCCUUUAAUACCAGCAUACUCACAAGCAAGAGGAGGGGAUCAAGUACGUUACGGUGUUAAUUAUGCUUCAGCUGCUGCUGGCAUUCUUGAUGUUACUGGCAGAAAUUUUGUUGGACGCAUACCAUUCAAUCAGCAAGUGCGCAACUUUGAGAACACAUUAAACCAAAUAACGGCAAAUCUUGGGGCUGAUGAUGUUGGUAGAAGCUUGGCACAAUGUUUAUUCUUUGUUGGAAUGGGAAGUAAUGACUACCUUAACAAUUAUCUUAUGCCCAAUUAUCCUACUCGUAACCAAUAUAACGGGCAACAAUUCGCCAAUCUCUUGGUUCAACAAUACACCACUCAACUCACGAGAUUGUAUAAUCUCGGAGGGAGGAAAUUCGCUAUAGCCGGACUAGGAAUGAUGGGGUGCAUCCCAAGCAUACUGGCACAAAGCCCUACGGGCAAAUGCUCGGACGCUGUCAACAACCUUAUACAACCUUUCAAUGCCAAUGUGAAGACCAUGCUUAGCAAUCUCAAUUCUAAACUCCCUGGUUCCAAGUUUAUUUACGUCGACAUUGCUAGCAUGUUUCGUGACAUCCUAACUCGUCCCGCUACUUAUGGAUUUAAAGUGAUCGACCGAGGAUGUUGUGGAAUCGGGCGCAACCAAGGCCAAAUAACAUGUCUACCGUUCCAAACACCGUGCAUGAACCGAGAGGAGUACGUAUUUUGGGACGCCUUCCACCCUACAUCACACGUGAACGUUAUCUUAGGGCGUAAGGCCUUCAAUGGAGGCAGCGACGUUGCUUACCCGAUGAACAUUCAACAGCUUGCUGCUCUUAACAUUGAAACUGAUUGAACAAAUUACGUACUAGCCUGGCUUAGCUUCUUAGUUAGUUAAUUACAAUAGUGUGUCACUUUUCUAUGAUCUAUAUUACCUUCACUAUUAUAAGUGUUGUUAAUUAAUGUGAUCUAAUGGAAAAAAAAACAAAGAAAAAGACUAAAACUUGGAAUUAUAAUGUCUCACUGUUAUAUAUGUCUAUGCUUUAAUUA